CUAGCGUGGGUUGGAAAAACCGGAGACGCUCUCAAUCCAACCGACGCCAUUGUUCCGGUGGCAGAGAGUUUAUCGGUGUGUUGUAAAUUGUAUUUGUUCCCUGUAGUUGAAGCAAGAUUUCAUCUUGCUAGUUAUUUUCGGGUCCUUGGUGGUAUUUUCACCAACUAGCUCCCACAAUGACUUCCGACUUCAAUGAUGAAGAGGAGGGCCACGUUGUCAAACUUCGUGGUCUGCCUUGGUCAACCACAGUCGGCGAAAUCUACAAUUUUUUCAGUGACUGCAAUAUUAAGAAUGGCAAGUUGGGGAUUCAAAUGACACUGUCCCGGGAAGGAAGGCCUAGUGGAGAGGCUUACGUUGAAAUGAUGUCAGAAGAAGAUGUUGAGAAAGCCUGCAAGAGAGAUAGAGAUCAUAUGGGCCACAGAUACAUUGAAGUGUUUAAAGCAAAGCGCUCGGAGAUGGAAUAUGUUGUGAAGCGCAGUGGCCUUCUUGUUGAAGAUUCGGCUGAUGAUGCAUGUAUAAGACUAAGAGGUCUGCCAUUUGGAUGCGCAAAAGAUGAGAUUGUUAAAUUUUUUGACGGGUUGGAGAUAGUUCCCAACGGGAUAUCCAUACCAACAGACUACAUGGGAAGGAGUUCGGGGGAGGCUUACGUUCAAUUUGAGAACAAAGACAUGGCUGAGAAAGCAAUGGAGAAGCACAAGGAGAAGAUAGGACCAAGGUACAUCGAGAUUUUCCGCAGCAGCUUAGCGGAAGUGCGCGCUGCCAUUGGGCCAAAAAUGCGACCCAUGGUCUCUGGACCAUUCAGUAACAGACCAGCCCCCUACGACCGCAACGACCGCUUCGGUGGUGCGAACCGUUUUAACAACAUGGGCAGAGGCGGCUCUGGCGGACCCGGAGGCCGCUCCUUUAAGAGCGACUUUGGCGGGUUCAAUGACGACGGCCCAGGCCCAUGGGGCAGGUGGGGCAACGGCGGCGGUAUGGGCGGCGGCAUGGGAGGCGGUAUGCGCGGGGGCGGCGGCGGCGGUAUGGGAGGAGGUAUGGGCGGCGGAAUGGGAGGCGGCAUGGGCGGAGGUAUGGGAGGCGGCAUGGGCGGCGGCAUGGGCAUGAAGCCCGGCGGCUAUGGCGGCCCAGGCGGCAUGAGCAGAAACGGCAACUGGAGCAGUGGCGGCGGCGGUGGUGGCGGCGGCGGCGGUGGCAAUGGUGGACACAACAUCCACAUGAGAGGCCUGCCCUUCCGUGCCACUCAAUCUGACAUUGCCGAGUUCUUCAGACCGCUGGUUCCAGUCAGUAUCAGACUAGUUUAUGACAACAGUGGAAGAGCAUCCGGUGAAGCUGACGUUGAAUUCGCUACGCACGAUGAUGCUGUCAAAGCCAUGUCAAAGGACAAGAGCAACAUGCAGCAUCGCUACAUUGAACUGUUCCUCAACUCCUCGCCCAGCCCACCAAUGGGCGGUGGUGGUGGUGGUGGCGGCGGUGGCGGCGGUGGCUUCAACAGCAUGGGAGGCGGAGAUGGAGGCUUUGGAGUCGGCAGUGGUGGUUUCGGUGGCCCGAGCAGCAACUUCAACAGAGGAUUCUCUGGAGGUGGCGGCGGAGGAAUGGGUUUCAACAGUCCCAUGGGGGGAGGCGGCGGUUACAACUUUUAAAAGAGGAAUACCAAGUACCUAAUUUGUGGCGUAUGUUCACAGUUAAAAUCAGAAUAUAAAUUAUUUAAGAGAUUCUUUUUCUUCUUUAUUUCUGUGCGCAUGUUUGAUGGAAUCAUUAAGUAUUAGGAAAGCUUGAUCAAUAACUGCAAAGUUUAUUACUGUAAAGUGUUUCACGGACGUGUUGUUAAAUGUAUCAACUUUGUUUGCUUAGUUUAUGUAUUGUAGCCCAAAGGCAGACAAUGGGCAUUUAUUCCAAGUCCUUAUGUAAUAUGUCAUAAAUGUCGGCUCCUUUUUAUAAGAGUAAGAUUAGCAUUUAUUAUUAUUGAUUGACCCCCUAAGUUGUAUUACUUGAAGGCGAGUUGUUUUUUUUCUUUUUUCCUGUGGUAAAUCUACAUUUAUAACUCGUUUUGUACUAUGUAUUUGUAAGAUCAUCUUAAACAAUAAAUCCAAAUAUUUUUAAAAGUGA